AUGGCAGAUUCAAUUCAAGAAAGUAUGCACGAGGCUAUUACUCACACCCGUUCCUUUACAGGGUGUGCUACAUGUCGAAGUCGACAUGUCAAAUGCGACGAAGGACGCCCAGAAUGUUCAAUGUGUCAAUAUUUUGGGUUGUCCUGUGGCGGAUACAAGAAAGACAUCUUCUUCGACUUCGAGGACUCAUCCCGCAGUCAUGGGGUCCGGUUUCGUCGACCAUUGUUUUCACUUAAAGAAAGAGAACACAUGAGUCAAUGCCUUGUCUCGAGUGCUCCUCCAAAGACGACCCUCAAAAUUAUAUCCAACAUUGAUGAAGAAUGCGAAAAGGCAACAAUUUCGGAUGAGAUCGAGAUCCAUCAAGGUCCAUUCGGGGUGUUUAGAUUGAACCAAGAUCAAGACACCCUGCCUUGCGAACCAACUGUGAACGACCAUCAAGAGACGCACUCUAGUUCCCCAGAAGAUGUGAUCCCGCUCAACAAUUCUUACUUGCCUACAUCCGAGUUGCAUCUGUCGCCUUGGUCCCAAGCAUUGAUGCAGUUCACAUUUGAUCAAGCAGAGAAUGUUCCAAGUUCACCUUUCCCGGGAUAUCUAGACGCUAUGCUAGAUCAAGGUGACGUGGAAGAUGAUCCAGCACCACAUGAAUAUUCAGCCACAUCAUGCUUUCCAGACCAAUCUUACAACCAGCCCAUAUCACCCACCUCAUUCACCUCCUCUAUGGGUACCACCAAGGCCGUGCCACAAGAUGCAGUGUUCCUUCUCAAGCACUAUGUCUCGGCUGUAAUUAGCCUGAUGACCCCCCUCCGACACUCCAAAACCCCCUGGCACGUCCUUUUUAUACCCCACACCAAGAGCUGCCUCGCUGGCUUGGCUCUCGGAGAUUAUAUGAGUGAUGCCAGUUUGUGUGCAUUUUAUGGAACAUUGGCCAUUAGUGCAUUCAGCCUUGGAGGAGUCUCUCGAUCCCAAACGUGGAGCGAAAAGGCCAUAAUUUACAAACAGAAAGCUCAACAACAUGCAAGAAUGAUGCUCACGACCGCCUACGAUGUCCCGAAAGUAGCGAAAUACAAAUCAAUCUUGAUGGCACUGCUCACCAUGGUCCAAGUGACAAUGUUCUCAGGGAACAGAAGGCAAUCGGAAUAUUAUUUUGUGGAAGCCGAAAAGUUCAUUCGCUUAAGAGGACUCCCACGCAAAAAAUCUCGAAAAGUCCGAUUGCUACAUCACUGUUAUGUUUUUGAGCGCAUCAUACAUGAGAGUGUCUUCAUUUGUGGAGCAAACUCAAGACAGCGUCAUCGCGUUCACGCGGCGAUUGAAACGAGUGGACUGGGAAACUACAGCCUUGACAGUCUGUCAUUUCGACUAUCGGGUUGGAAGAAUUUAGACCAAGAAAUGAUGAGAGUGCGCGGACAAGAGGAGGGCGAGAAUGAUCUGCAUCUUGAAAGACCUGGGUUCUGGUCUGACACUCUCUAUCCGGAGAUAUUUGGUAUCCCUGAAGCUUGGGUUCUUCUUCUAUCUCAGGUUGUUAGAUUAGGGAAAGAAAAGGAUGCGGCAGAAGCGGACGAUGCGUCCAACUGUAUUAGCUUGAAAGAGUUCAUUGGCCGCGCGAAGACCCUCGAGGACUACAUCAACAACCUACCACUACCCAGCCUGGAGAACAUCCAAUCCGAACUCGACCAUGAAAUCAUAGAAAAUAUGCUUAAUGCCAUGCAAAAUGCACUGGCAAUAUACUUCUACCGUCGAAUCCACGACGUGGAUGCUUCGUUGCUCCAGAAAAAGGUCUUGGGAGUCUUGGAUCGUCUACUACGCUGCGAGCAUAGAGACUCCAGCGUAGUACAUGGUUCAGCAGGAUUCAUUUGGCCUGCAUUUAUUGCGGCUUGCGAAGCCGAGGAUCCAUUGGUUCAGGCAUCAUUCUCCGACUGGUUUGGGAAUUCGGCACGCCGCAGUGGCCUAUCUUGUUUUACAGAGACGUUAGCCAAUAUUCAGCGAAUUUGGCAAGAGAAGACUUGUUCUAAUGGGAAGAGUAUAACUUGGUUGGAUCUGAUGAAGAGUACUGUGCCAUUACAGCAGAUAUUUUAA